UAAAAUGUCAGCCAAAAAUAAAGAGCUCGCCGAAGAGGACGUGCUCAACAUGACAUGCGACAAGCUUCGCAAGGAGUUAAAGAAGAAAAGGGCUUCGACUGCGGGAAAGAAAUCGGAACUUCAAUCGCGUCUUUUGGAGUUUCUCGCUGGCCAAAAUAAUGCCGGAAACGGGGAGGCAAUCAGGGAAGAGCCGGAAGCCGAGGCUAUGGACACCGACGAAGCACCUGCCAAUCGCACAUUCACAGUUGAAGAGGAAGAAGAAACUGAGAAUACUACUGGCAGAUUUGUUCACGAGAAUACUCCGACAAAUGCGGUUGCUGUCGUUUUGGAUGAUGACUUGAGAAACCGUCUCUGUGGCAGUUUGGGAAUCGAUCUGCAAAGCUUCGAGGUGAAGUCACGCCCGAGAGUUCAUCGUCUUUCGACAAGACUGUCUCUCCGCGCUAGUUCGUCGACUCCUCAAACAUCUGAGCGACCAGGAAUGCCGAUCGAGAACAGAGGAAUUACGCCAGUUCGUCAGCGUGCUCCAUCCAGUGGAAGAGACAGAUUCGCAAUGAUUCAUGCAAGAGAGAUGGAAAAAGAAGAAACACUCGGAGAGCGUCAAGAACGAUUGAAGAAACGACACGAAUUCAUGACCGGCGACGUCCCAGAAGCUAUCAGGAGACUUGCUACCCCGAAAAGUGUGCCAAGACGUGACCCAGUUGAUAGAUCAACUACAAGAUCUGCUGCGCGCAAUUGGCAAGUUCAGGAUCCUGAGAAAAUGUCCUUCCAAUUCGGGGAUAAAUCUGCUGAUGAUUUUCCCGCUCUUGUCAGCUCACGAGCUGGCUGCUCAUCGUCAUCUGCUGCCACCACCUCUACCAAAAAGACAAAGUCCGUUGCAAGAUCUCAUGUGGACGUGAAGAAGCUCACCAAGUCACAAAUCCCGAAACCAUGCCGUUUAACUUCUCGAAAAAUCAUUCCUGCAACUGUCCCAGAAGAUGAUACAUUCACCGAGUACAUUUCCACGCCAAAAGGAACCACUCCAACUAGAGUUCCACGACGUGCUGGUUACACACCACACUCUACGAGAAAAGUGUUCGUCGACACGACUCAAUUGACGGAUCGCGAGUUCACUUUGGCACUGGAGGAAGGAUUAAUCCCCGGAAGAGCUGCCACGAACCUCGAGAAACAACAAGUGGAGAACAAGAAGCGCCGUGACGACAUUAUCGCACUCAAGCGUAAAAUGAAUAUCAAGUAGAUAUCUCAAUUAUUUUCUUAUUUAUCUUCACUCACUCGUCUCACUAGGCUAAACCUGUAAAAUAUUUCGUUGUUGACUUGUCGAGUUUCUGAAAAUGAAUUCUUUUAAUUU